AUGUUGAAAGAAUUUCCAGGAUUGGUGGCUGUGGUAGACUUUAAGCCAAUUAAAACAAUCUUGGACGAGCUUGAGCAUGCUUUGGAACGGAAAGUUGAUCAUGUUCUUGACUGUGUCAAUAACCGUUUGAUGGGUACUGGGUUUUCAUCUUUACAAGAGUAUCCAGUAUCUGAGUGGUUUACACCGGAUACAAGACCAACAAGAAUGUCAGUAGCUGUUGAUAAUCUACGGCAAGCAGUUCGAAACUAUGAGAGGGAUUAUGAAAAGAAUGCCAAGAUGUACCCAGAUUCUUUAAUGAUGAAUGUUCUCUAUACUCAACAUUUGGCUGCAUAUCAUUUAUGCCUAUCCAUGAAUGAGGCUUAUCAGCCUGAGUUGAGAGAAGUUUCAUCCAACUACGGAAAGUUUUGUGAAGAAGGUAAUUUGCCGGAGUUCUAUCCAAACCCAUACAUUGCCUUUCUCAAGGAACUGACUAAGAUCUUGGAAAAGAAGGAGAGUGUGAGUUUUGAGGCUCUCAGAGACUAUCCGUCUCCUUACUAUGAAGAACCUGAUACGUUGAGUAGUGGCAUUUCGGUAAGGAAUGAUGCUCAGGUGCGUAAUGAUCCAACGAAUAUGGAAUAUGUGGUGUACAAGAAGCUGCACCCUGGUGGUUUACUGCCAGCGGGCCCAAGAGAAUUAAUUGAACGACCAGCUGCAAAAGCUCGACCAAAGUCCAAAAGCGGGUCAACAAAGAAGAUGAAUAAUAUCCAUGAAGUGUAUGGUGAUUUACCGGCUGACAUGACCAAGUGGACUGAAGAGCAGAUGUUUGAUGGUUUUGAAAAAUUACUUGACGCGUUUCCAGUGUGUACGUUUUUAAUGCCACUGUUUAAACCUCAAGUAGAUUUCCUGGUUAAGAUGCAUGGCAAAGACUGUGCCGAGCUUGAUGAUGUUCGCAAGAUGUUGAAUAGAGGAGAAUUUACUGUUACUAGGAAGGCAGGAAGUGGCAAAGUUUUUGAGAAGAUUGGCUACCCAAAGUUUGGCCGCAAAUCAAAAUAA